AUAAUAAAAAAUCAUGAGUAUCAUCCAUACUUCUGAUAGUUCUGAAACUGUAGUGUAUUGACUUCACACUACAGUCACCUGAACAAACAAACAAGGAGCUAUGCUUCUCACUCUCUUGCACGUGCCCAGCAAUCCGCCAUGGAUUCCAAGGCACACCACCCAUCUCUCAUCAAUCACCAGGAACUCCAAUCCAAUUAGGAGGUUUAUGCCCUGGACCAAAUCUUCAGCAUUACAUGAGUAUGGUAUUAGAGCACACAGUGAAGGGAGAUGGGAGGUUGAUUCUCACAGAUCAGACGUUAAGUCAAAUUCCAAAACUAACAAACAUGUUGAAGAAAAUUUGGGCACCGAGUCCAUUUGGAUGGAGAAAAAUAAAAGUAGUUCUCAGGGUCCUCAGGCUAAACGCAUGAUACAAUAUAUGUCAUUGUACUUCAUACUAAGAUUGACACGUACAAAGUUUGUUGAUCUGAUGAUAAAAGUUGUCCAACCAAUGCUACAAGACAUGCUUCAGACCCUUAGUGCCGCAAGCUUGCCCCUUGCUUGUGUUUCUAACACCUUGAACAAACCUACACCUCUUAAAUUAGAUGUGUCCUUGCCUUCUUUGUACGAUAUUAGAUGGAGCUUAGCACGAUUGUUGUACUUAUUUAACAUACAACUUGAGAGAAAUGUAGCCACGUUCUUUGUGGUUCUCCUUAUAGCAUGCUUCUCAUUUGUUGUCAUCGGUGGUCUCCUAUUCUUCAAGCUCAGGGGUAAUAAGCAGUCUCUGGAAGAUUGUGUCUGGGAAGCCUGGGCGUGCCUUUGUUCAUCAUCUACUCAUUUAAAACAACCAACGCGUAUUGAGCGUGUUAUUGGCUUUCUUCUUGCAAUAUGGGGUAUAUUGUUUUACUCUCGCCUUCUAAGUACCAUGACGGAACAAUUUAGGAAUAAUAUGCAAAGGCUCAGGGAGGGUGCCCAAUUGCAAGUUCUGGAGACUGAUCAUAUCAUUGUUUGUGGGAUGAACAGUCAUCUUCCUUUCAUAUUAAAGCAGCUAAAUAAGUAUCAUGAAUUUUCUGUCCGCUUAGGCACAGCUACAGCUAGGAAGCAGAGAAUCCUUCUUAUGUCUGAUCUUCCGAGGAAACAAAUUGAUAGGAUAGCUGAUAAUAUUGCAAAAGAUUUGAAUCAUAUUGAUGUCCUUACCAAGAGUUGCAGCCUUAGUUUAACAAAAUCAUUUGAAAGAGCAGCAGCCAACAAAGCUCGUGCAAUAAUUAUCCUGCCGACUAAAGGGGAGCGGUUUGAAGUUGACACAGAUGCAUUUCUUUCUGUUUUAGCACUUCAACCAAUUCCACAGAUGGAUUCUGUCCCUACCAUAGUUGAGGUUUCGAGUUCCAAGACAUGUGAAUUGUUGAAGUCAAUCUCGGCAUUGAAAGUAGAGCCAGUAGAAAAUGUAACAUCCAAAUUGUUUGUUCAAUGCUCUCGGCAGAAGGGGCUUGUAAAGAUCUACAGGCACUUACUCAACUAUCGAAAAAAUGUAUUCAAUCUUUGCAGUUUGCCUAAUCUAGAAGGAAUGACAUACAGGCAAAUAAGACAUAGAUUACAUGAGGCUGUUGUCUGUGGCCUUUACCGGAGUGGGAGAAUAUACUUUCACCCCAACGAUGACGAAAUUCUGCAGCAAACUGACAAGGUAUUGUUCAUUGCAUCCCUUAAGGAUACUAAAAUGCCAGGACUUGUACCCCCAAACUUGAAAGAAGGAAAGAAUGGGAUUCAUAAUGAGGAACUACUUGAAAAAGAUGUUGAUUAUGCCAUCGAAAGGAGCAAAUUAAGACUUGCUAAUAUUGUAAAACGUCCUAACAGAUCAGGCUCAAAGGCAUCAGACGGGAGUCUAGGACCGAAAGAGUGCGUUCUUUUACUUGGGUGGCGACAUGAUGUUGUAGACAUGAUUCAAGAGUAUGAUAACUAUCUUGGUCCUGGAAGUGUUUUGGAAAUACUAUCAGACACACCAAUAAAUGACAGGAUUAUUAGGGAAAGCAAAAUCUCUGGUCCUAACAAACUCAAGAAUGUCCGAGUUUCUCAUAGGAUUGGAAAUCCCAUGGACUAUGACAUCUUAAAGGAAACCAUUUUGAAUAUUCAGAGUUCUUUGAAGAAGGAAGAUAUUCCUUUGUCAAUUGCUGUCAUACCUGACAGAGAUUGGCUUCUUGGAGAUCCAUCUAAAGCAGACAAGCUAUCUGCUUUUUCUCUCCUGCUUGCUGAAAAUAUCUGCAACCAAGUAGGAGUCAAGGUGCAUAAUCUAGUUGCAGAAAUUGUUGAUUCAAAAUUGGGGAAACAAAUCACUAGAAUCAAGCCAUCAGUGACCUAUAUUGCAGCAGAGGAAAUAAUGAGCCUUGUUACAGCUCAGGUGACGGAGAACAGUGAACUGAAUGAAGUUUGGAAAGACGUACUAAAUGCAGACGGUGAUGAAAUAUAUGUGAAGGACAUUGGCCUUUACAUGAAAGAAGGAGAGAAUCCAUCAUUUACUGAGCUUUCUGAGAGAGCAUAUUUAAGGAGAGAAGUAGCCAUAGGCUAUGUGAAGAACAACAAGAAUGUAAUCAAUCCAGUUCCCAAGUCAGAACCCCUCUCUCUUGAAAUGACUGACUCAUUGAUAGUGAUAUCUGAGCUGGAAGGAGAACAACCCGUCGUGUUGUAAUGCUGAAGCUCUAAUCAUGUCAAGGAAAAUCUAGGAAAAUUCUGACCCCUCAAAUUUGGGGACAUUGAUCAGGGUAAAUGCUUGGAGGUGUGUGAUUGAAUGAGGAUGGCUGAGUAUUCUUGUGUCAUUCUUUCAUCACUUGGAAUAAAGUUGUUCUCUCAAUUUUAUGUAGCCAUUAUGAAUAAGACAAUAAGUUGUUAAAACAGGCUGUCUAAUCUAUAUAUCUACAUCUACAUAUAAAGCGCAGACCUACACCUUAGCUACUAUUCUGCCCCAUGACCAAAUUUUUGUACUUAUCACAUUAAUUGUUUAGUGUCACAAUAGAAAUCAAAGUGUUAUAAACUCUACAAA